GGCGGCUGCCGUGUGAGCCCGGCUGGGGAAAGGAGGAGGGAGGUAGGCGCCCAACCCGAGCCAUGGGAAGAUGAGACAGGAAUCUGUGCCACCUGAAUUAUUUGAUCCUGUGAAUCUGCAAGAAAAGGUCUCGGAGGCCCCCAGUCUUCUGACUGCAUGAGAAACACUAAAGGAAAUGCCAGUUGUGAUGGCCCGGGACCUGGAAGAAACAGCAUCGUCCUCAGAGGAUGAGGAGGUGGUAAGCCAAGAGGAUCAUCCAUGUAUCGCGUGGACCGGAGGCUGCAGGAGAAUCCCAGUUUUGGUAUUCCAUGCUGAUGCUAUCUUGACAAAGGACAGCAAUAUUCGAGUCAUUGGAGAACGUUACCAUUUGUCUUACAAGAUUGUGCGGACAGACAGUCGCCUGGUUCGCAGCAUUCUGGCAGCCCAUGGAUUUCAUGAAGUUCACCCAAGCAGCACUGACUAUAACCUGAUGUGGACAGGAUCCCACCUGAAGCCCUUCCUACUCCGUACCCUCUCUGAAAUACAAAAGGUUAAUCACUUCCCCAGGUCAUAUGAACUCACCCGGAAGGACCGACUGUACAAGAACAUCAUUCGCAUGCAGCACACGCAUGGAUUUAAGGCUUUCCACAUCCUCCCCCAGACCUUCCUGCUGCCGGCGGAGUACGCGGAAUUCUGCAAUUCAUAUUCAAAGGAUCGGGGACCUUGGAUAGUAAAACCGGUGGCCUCUUCCAGAGGGCGGGGUGUCUACCUGAUCAACAACCCAAACCAGAUUUCCUUGGAAGAAAACAUCCUGGUCUCUCGUUACAUUAACAACCCCCUGCUCAUAGAUGAUUUCAAAUUUGAUGUCCGCCUCUAUGUGCUCGUGACGUCCUACGAUCCUCUCGUCAUCUAUCUCUAUGAAGAAGGAUUGGCCAGGUUUGCAACUGUGCGAUAUGAUCAAGGAGUCAAGAACAUUCGUAACCAGUUCAUGCACCUGACAAACUACAGCGUGAACAAGAAGAGUGGAGACUAUGUCAGUUGUGAUGAUCCAGAAGUGGAGGACUAUGGGAACAAAUGGAGCAUGAGUGCUAUGCUUAGGUACCUGAAGCAGGAAGGCAAAGACACGACUGCAUUAAUGGCCCAUGUUGAAGACCUGAUCAUUAAGACGAUAAUCUCUGCUGAACUAGCUAUUGCUACCGCCUGUAAAACCUUUGUUCCACAUCGCAGCAGUUGUUUCGAGCUGUAUGGUUUUGACGUGCUCAUAGAUUCCUCUCUGAAGCCCUGGUUGUUGGAAGUGAAUCUCUCCCCUUCUUUAGCCUGUGAUGCACCUCUGGAUCUCAAGAUUAAAGCCAGUAUGAUUUCAGAUAUGUUCACUGUUGUAGGAUUUGUGUGCCAAGAUCCUUCCCAGAGGGCAUCAACUCGGCCAUUAUAUCCCACCUUUGAGCCUUCCAGGCGAAACCCAUUCCAGAAACCUCAGCGUCCAGUCUCUGCACAGUGUCAGUCAACAGAUGCCAAACAGCGUUCCCGUCCCCUCUCUGCCAGUGAUGCGGAAAUGAAAAACCUUGUGGCCCGGGAGAAGAGUCAAGGGAAACUCGGUGGUUCUGUGCUUGGUCUGUCGAUGGAGGAGAUCAAAGUUUUGCGGAGGGUAAAGGAAGAGAAUGAUCGGAGAGGUGGCUUUAUUCGCAUAUUCCCUACAUCAGAGACCUGGGAAAUAUAUGGAUCCUACCUUGAACACAAGACCUCCAUGAAUUAUAUGCUGGCAACACGCCUCUUCCAAGACAGGGGAAGUCCCAGAAGAAGCCUCCUGGCAGGAAGAACAAGAAUGCCCACUGAGGGAGUACCAGAAUUGAAGAUAGAGAGCAUUAAUUCAAAGGCCAGGAUACACGCUGCUCUUUAUGAGAGGAAACUCUUACCUUUGGAGGUGCGAAAGCGUCGACGGAAGAGUAACAGAUUGAGGGCAGUGAGGACGAAAUACCCAGUGAUUACCCAACCAGAUGAAAUGCAUGUUAAAACUGAGACAGAGAGCGAAGAGGAGGAGGAUGUUGCAUUAGACAAUGAAGAUGAAGAACAGGAAGUGUCCCAGGAGGAGUCUACGGGGUCCUUCGCAGAAAAUCAAACCAAAUAUGCACACUCAUUGACCAAUACGGUAGAAAAUACAGCCAAAGAAAAUGGCAUGAAACUUACCGAGUGGACUAGUAGAAGUGAACGUUACACCAAAAUUGAGCCAGACUCCAAAUUUAACCUGAUGCAGAUUCUACAAGAUAAUAGUAAUCUCAGCAAAGUGCAGGCCCGAAUAGCAUUCUCUGCCUAUCUCCAGCAUGUGCAAACCCGCCUGAUGAAAGAAAAUGAAGGUCAGACGAUAACUGCCAGUUGGGCUGCCAGAGAGGAUGAACAGAUGGACCUGGUGGUUCGUUUCCUCAAGCGAGCAUCCAGUAACCUGCCGCAGUCACUGAGGAUGGUGUUGCCCAGCCGGCGACUGGCACUACUGGAGCGCAGAAGAAUCCUGGCCCACCAACUGGGUGAUUUCAUCAUCAUGUACAAUAAGGAAACAGAACGUAUUGCUGAGAAAAAAUUAAAGCAGAAACUGGAGGAAGAGGAGGAAGAUGGGGUGAAUGCAGAACAUUUUCAGGAGUUCAUCAAACAAGCAAGUGAGUAUCAGUUGGAAGAGGUGCUGACUUUCUACACCCAGAAAACCAAGUCUGCAAGUGUCUUCCUGGGAACAUGCUGUCCUAAGAGUCCUAAGCACAGCAGCAGUUACUCAGAUAGCGGUGCCAAAGGCGAUCAUCCAGAGACAACGGAAGAAGUUAAAACAAAACAUCCCAAACAGCAGCAGCAGCAACAACAGGCAACAGACAUUAACUCUGAUAAGUUAUCUCGGCUUACCACUUCAACCGAAAAAGAGAAUAAAUUAAUCUAUAGCCAUUCUUCCUCUGCUUCUUUCUCUGGUCCAGCUGCUGCCCUUCUACAAAAAAUUCCCAACACUCAUUUCUCAUCUAAUAUUACAACCUCUGACCUCUCGCCAAGGCUUGGCCUCCAAGCUUUUUCUCAGAUUCCUCCAUCUAUCUCCAGCAUGCAUCACAAGUCAACAGCUUUACUGAACACAGUCCCUGAACGUGAUUCUUCCUCCGGAAUACAGAAUGUACCAAACCCUGGUGACCUGCCACGUCACCAAUCAGGCAGUUACACAUUUGGUCCCUUUUCCUCUUUUCAAAGUGCUGCACAGAUCUAUAGCCAGAAACUGUCGCGUCCUUCUUCAGCAAAGACAGGUUCAAGCCACUCAAACAAGCAUGGAGGAGGAGGAGUCAAAGCACGGAAGGAAGGAGAAGAUGGAGCUUCGUGCAGCAAACGGUAUAACCCGAGUAUGGUGACAGCUGAACUGCAGCGGCUGGCCGAGAAGCAGGCAGCAAGGCAAUACUCCCCUUCCACGCACAUCAGCCUCCUCACCCAGCAGGUAGCCAACCUGAGCUUGUCAAGUGGCGUCAUAAACAGAUGCAGUGCUUCAACCCCUCCCACCCUUCGACCCGUCAUCAGUCCUUGUGGCACCACGUGGUCAGUGCAGUCAGAUCCGAAGGCUCUAAACAGCCACUCCAACUCUUUCGGAAGCAGGAGCCUCCAAACAGGUGGCUUUGCCUGGGAGGGAGAGGUAGAGAACAACGCGUAUAGCAAGGCUACUGGGGUGGUCCCCCAGCACAAGUAUCACCCCACAGCGGGCAGUUACCAACUCCAUUUUGCCCUGCAGCAGCUUGAACAACAAAAGCUUCAGUCCCGCCAGCUUCUGGAUCAGAGUCGAGCCCGGCACCAGGCUAUCUUCGGCAGCCAGACACUGUCCAACCCCAGCUUUUGGACCGUUAAUACUGGUGCAGGCUGCAGAAUUUCAAGUGCCACCUCUAGUGGCCAGAAGCCCACCACUCUGCCACAAAAAAUGGUGCCACCAUCAAGUUCUUCCUUCCUUGUCCCCAAACCCCCAUCCAAUUACAAACAAGCCCUCAGAAAGGCAGCAACCCAGAGGACGUCCAAAGGCUCCUCCACAGAAGGGCAGAUGAAUGGACUUCAGAGCAGCCUCACCCCUUCCAGUUUCGUGCCCGUCACCAGCACAACAGAUCCUGCUCAAAAUAAAGGAUGAGCCGUGGCGAAUGGCGAACACCCAGGAAGCACCUGUGGCCACUCCACCACACCUGGGGAUGUGAACAGGGCCAGCUCAUCCACCUGCCACUCUGCUGGACAGCCGUAGGCCCCUGCUGUGGGGGUUCCCCCAUGCCUUCUAGCAGAACCCAGCACCUCGGUCCAGACUUGCCCCGAGACAACAGGAAAACACAGGAGUUGGAUGUGGAAAGCACUGGGCAGUGGGGACAUUUGGGGCUGCUGCAUCAUCCCCCACUGCCAGAGUCUGUAUCUUCCACCCUCCCUCCUUCCUUAGGUCUCCUCUGCCCUCUCCCACUUCCACACAGAGAUGCUAUAAAAGAGGCGCUUUGGCUAUU